AUGCUGGAUGAGUCACAGCCCGCAGAUUUCACUGUAGAGUUCACUGUAGAGUUCACUGUAGAGUUCACUGUAGAGUUCACUGUAGAGUUCACUGUAGAGUUCACUUUAGAGUUCACUGUAGAGUUCACUGUAGAGUUCACUGUAGAGUUCACUGUAGAGUUCACUGUAGAGUUCACUGUAGAGUUCACUGUAGAGUUCACUGUAGAGUUCACUGUAGAGUUCACUGUAGAGUUCACUGUAGAGUUCACUUUAGAGUUCACUGUAGAGUUCACUGUAGAGUUCACUGUAGAGUUCACUGUAGAGUUCACUGUAGAGUUCACUGUAGAGUUCACUUUAGAGUUCACUGUAGAGUUCACUGUAGAGUUCACUGUAGAGUUCACUGUAGAGUUCACUGUAGAGUUCACUGUAGAGUUCACUGUAGAAUUCACUGUAGAGUUCACUUUAGAGUUCACUGUAGAGUUCACUGUAGAGUUCACUGUAGAGUUCACUGUAGAGUUCACUGUAGAGUUCACUGUAGAGUUCACUUUAGAGUUCACUGUAGAGUUCACUGUAGAGUUCACUGUAGAGUUCACUGUAGAGUUCACUGUAGAGUUCACUCACCACACUCAACACCACACUCUCAACACCACACUCUCAACACUAAACUCUCAACACCACACUCUCAACACUAAACUCUCAACACCACACUCUCAACACCACACUCUCAACACCACACUCUCAACACCACACUAUCAACACCACACUAUCAACACCACACUCUCAACACCACACUCUCAACACCACACUCUCAACACUAAACUCUCAACACCACACUCUCAACACUAA